AUGUAUUCACCCACUGCGGUCGUCUUCACCGGUCAACAUGGCAGCCUGGCUGGACCUAGUCCACGACUCGGCCGGCUGGGCCUUGGUCGACACCGGUCGGAUGGAUCAGAUCGUGCAAGACAUGAGCCAUCCGGCCAGCCGUACCCUUCUCUCGUUUAUUUUCUAGGGAAUACCAAUCGUGUGCCGGCACUCCGCUCACUGUUUCCCCAGAACAACAUCACCCGUCGAGGGCCAGCUGGUCUGGUUCGGCUCCAUUUCAGUACCACCACCGCCAGCACCGAGCAUCCGAUAUGGUUCGCGGAGAGCGGGUUUCUGGACUCGACCGCAGGCCAUGUCAACAUCCGGCUGGCAUCCGCAGACCAUCAUCGACACUAUCCCCUGCCCCCAAUGACCGGUGGCUCGGCCAUGGACCUGAAGCAUCACGUAUGGCGACGGGACCUGUUCCCUUGGACGAGUGUGCUAUGUCUGUUCGUGGAUGGCUCCGCCGAGCUCCAAGCGGCCCACGACCUGUUGGAUCGAUCACCCACCGAGAUACACGCUGGGCGUCCCACGUCAUCCAUCGGCAUGCGCGUCAUCACGGUCCUGACCGAUCCCAGCGCCGAAUAUCACACGGAUCCGGGGGAGGGGCUGUCAUCUGGCUUCCCCGAUCCUGUCUCCUCGGAUCCGACAAUCUCCAUCCUGGAUCUUCGAGAUCGCCACGACUUGUCUCCUCGCGCCGCCUUUGAGCCGCUGCGGCGUACCCUGCUGGACCAGAUCCAGAUCAGCCGGGACCAGCGGAUGCAGCAGGGUUUACUCUUCUCUGCCCAGCAUUUGAAUCAUCUCUGGAAUCGGACCCUUUGCGGGGGCCAGCUAGUGACUCCCGAGGCCCGCAUCGAUUGCCUUCGAAUCGCCCGGGAGAAGUUGCCGGUCGAUCCAUCGCUGGGUCCCCGUCUUGCGGAAUUUUUCGCUUACGCGUCACGAGCUGGCUGCCCACCACAUGACAUCCACGUCGUCGUCGCAUCCGCGCUGCUGAUCGAUGCUUACCCUCCUGGCAUGCACAGUGAGUCGCCCUUUCCCACCGCCUUCUCCCUCCCUAUGAACUUUCACCUCUUUGCACCCGUUCGCCCCCGCCCCGGACCCCUCCCGGCCGCAGCAAGGGAGCGUGGUAUGUGCUGA